CCGGCUGGCAGGCCCAGGCAUGGCGGCGUUCGUGCUGCUGAGGCGAUGCGCGCGGAGGGCGCCGGGGCUGCCCCGGACGGGCUGCGGAGAGGCCGCCGCGGCAGGUCAUUUGGAGAACCUUGCUUGUCUUAACUGUUCCUCCAUGAGGCUAAUAAAAGACAUGCCUGCCCGUUUUAAAUAUUGCACUAAUAUCUCACCUUACGUUUAUUGUACAAAAGACAGCUACACUUGGACAAAAGGAUCAGAAAAAAGGCAGGGGGCGGCCCUGAGAGCAUUUGACUCCCUGUGGCCCUCUCCCGACAGAGGAGUUUCAGGGCCUUGUUGGGUUACAGUGAGGAACUGGCAUUCUUCAGCAUCCAGAAACGAUGACUCUGUAGUAGAAAAAUCGCUCAAGUCCCUGAAAGACAAAAACAAGAAGUUGGAAGAAGGGGGCCCCGUUUAUAGUCCAGCAGUGGAAGAAGCCAUCGUUAAAAAGUCCAUUGGGCAGAAGAUUGUCGAUGAGGUGAAGCAUUACUACCACGGCUUCCGGUUGUUGUGGAUCGAUUCCAUAAUUGCCGCCAGAAUGCUCUGGCAGAUCCUUCACGGCAGCUCCAUGACCCGCCGGGAACGCAGACAGUUCCUUCGGAUCUGCGCUGACCUCUUUCGCUUGGUCCCUUUCCUCGUCUUCAUCGUGGUUCCCUUCAUGGAAUUCUUGCUUCCCGUAGCUUUGAAGUUGUUCCCCAAUAUGCUUCCUUCGACAUUUGAGACAAACUCUAAGAAGGAAGAGAGGUUGAAGAAAGAACUGAGAGUAAAACUUGAGGUGGCUAAAUUUCUUCAAGAUACUAUUGAAGAGAUUGCCUUAAAAAACAAAGCAGCUAAAGGGAAUGCUACAAAGGAUUUCUCAACCUUCUUUCAAAAGAUACGCGAGACUGGUGAGAGGCCGAGCAACGAAGAGAUUUUACGGUUUUCUAAACUGUUUGAGGACGAGCUGACCCUGGACAACCUCACAAGGCCCCAACUGGUUGCUCUGUGUAAACUUUUAGAACUUCAGUCAAUCGGAACAAACAACUUUCUUCGCUUCCAGCUAAUCAUGAGACUGAGAAGUAUCAAAGCAGAUGAUAAACUGAUAACUGAGGAGGGCAUGGAUAGCCUGACAGUAAAAGAGUUGCAAGCAGCCUGCCGAGCGAGGGGCAUGAGAGCCCUUGGCGUCACAGAGGAGCGAUUAAAGGAUCAGCUGAAGCAGUGGUUGGACUUGCAUCUGAAUCAAGAAAUCCCAACUUCCCUGCUUAUAUUAUCCAGAGCGCUGUACCUUCCAGAAACUCUGUCUCCGGCUGACCAGCUGAAAACGACUUUGCAAAUUCUCCCUGAGAACGUGGCAAAGGAGGCUCAGGUGAAAGCGGCAGAAGUGGAAGGAGAAAAGAUUGACAAUAAAGCCAGGUUGGAAGCAACUCUUCAAGAAGAGGAAGCCAUCAGGAAAGAACACCACGAGAAAGAGCUGGAAAAGCUUUCCGAAGCGGCUGAAAAAGCCAAAGAGACUCUUCACGCUGCGGAAAGGGAGGUGAUAGUAGAUCUGGAUUCCUCAGCUCUGAACAAAGUCUCUCUAGAUGCCACUGCUGAACGAGAACCGGCAAAAGUGAAUUUAACCCUGCAGUCAGAGGUUUUGAAAGAUACGGCCCCGGUAUUGGAAGGCAUGAAGGGCGAAGAAAUAACAAAAGAAGAGAUUGACAUGCUAAGUGAUGCUUGCACUAAACUGAAGGAACAAAAGAAAUUGCUGACAAAGGAGAAGGAGGAACUGGAGGACCUGAAGGAUGACGUGCAGGAAUACAGCGAGGAUUUGCAAGAAAUCAAGGAACUAUCUAAGAGUGGACCAGAAGACAUAGUUGAAGAAUCCAAAGCCAGCAAGAGGCUGACUAAAAAAGUGAACCGAAUGAUUGGGCAGAUCGAUAGAAUCAUUCAGGAGUUGGAGACAGACCAAAAACCAGUUGGAGAACAGCUGGGCGGGGGUCCCAGUCCCCCCAUUGGGCUGCAUUUCCCAUUUAGGCAGAACCUCAUCAGCAUCCAGGAUCUUAUUAACGUGAUGAAGCAGCUCCAGGAAAUCCCCGAAGGCAAACUCAACAAGCUGGCUGAGGCGCUGGAUGAGAAUAAGGACGGUGAGAUCAACAUAGACGACGUGGUCAAGGUGAUCGAACUGAUUGACAAGGAGGACAUCGAUAUCUCUACCAAGCAAGUAGCAGAGAUCGUAUCGCUGCUGCACAAGGAAGAAAAAGUGGAAGAGAUGGAGAAGACCAAAGAAAGUGCGGAGAAGGAAGCGGCAGAAGUGAAGAACUAGCUUACAGUUCAACGGUUGAAUGGAAGGCGGCCUCCUGUGCACCUUAGUCAGCACUUAGUAGCGGUGAGAUGAAGCACACCUGGUAGCUUUCCAACUAAUCAAAGAUACAGUAAUUUUUGGACCCUGGUGAGACAAAUGAUCAUUCCAUGAAAUAGAAAGCGUUCCGGUCUUCUAAGAAAUCAACCCAUCUUCUACAGUGAUGUCAACUGGUGUGUUGAUUCAGUCUCUUUGUCUCCCGGUUGUGAUGUAAAUCAGAAAAUUCUUUGCAAUGCACAAGGAAUCACUUCUCCUUUUUAAACUGUGUUACAUUUGCUUGUCACAGAGAUGAUAACGUUUUUCUUCUUGGGAAAGUGAAAACCUCUAUUGCAAAAUCUCCAAUACUGAAACCACUCAAAAAUGGCUAAACCCUGAUGAAAAAUGGUUUCUGAAAGUUUUGUAAUUAUUUUAUGUUGACGUGUAGAAUUGCACUGCAACCAUAAUUUAAAAAACAAAACAAAAACCUUCUCGAACAUUUUUAUUUUGGCUUGAUUGAUUUCUCAGUGUUAAAAAAGAAAAUAAGAAAAUAUUGCACUAUUUCGCUAUCAAUACACACCGUUUUAAAAAGGGUUUAAAUUCUCUCAACCCUCUAUAAUCCCAUUGAUCUUUCUCUCAGUUUUAUCUAUUGAUCUAGUUUCACUGAUACAGAAUCUGGGCUCCCAGAGUUUGCAGAUCAGACAUCAGUUGCCUACAAGGCGACUUUGAAAUUGUAAAAAAAAAAAAAAAUCUACCAAAUCACUGUUUAUAUAAUAGGUGUACUUUAAUCAGGAGAUUUUUUUCACCUUGGGUAUGAAAUAACUAAUUCAGCAUACUGGAAACAUCAUAAAAAUUGCCUAUAUAAUCAUGACAAUUAAAGGCUGCUAAUAAGUAUCUUCCUUAGUUUGCCUUGCUUUUGGUCUAGUCCGUUCUGUUGUGUAGUUGCACUAGGCAGAGUUUCUUAAGCAGCCCUUUAAAGCAUUUAGGGGGAGGGUUUUUUAUGUUUUUCCAACAGGUGGAGGUGAUUCCAAGACUUCGAAGAAAUAGAGGGGGUUGAAAUUGGCUGCCUGAGCCUGAACGACUCUGGUUUCAAUUAUGACGCUUGGGUUUUGUCAGGGCUCAGAAACAGUAUUUGCAUUGCCUUUCUUUAAUUGAGUUGCAAUACGAAUAAACACCCUGGGCCUCCCAGGUUUGGUAUCAGAAUUAAUAGAAAAUGUAUUUUAGAUGCCAGUAUGGAGGAAUUAAAAUGGCAAACCAUGGCCCUUCAUAGAUUUGUCCCCAUUUUCUAGUUUUGCCGCCGCCUUAGUGCUGUUGGUAGGCAGGACGCAAGCGUAGCCCAUUUAUUCUACACGCUCCUCUUCCAGUUGUGAUAUGCGUUGGUUUUACGGGGAUGCCACUGAAGCAGCAUCUGAUGACCCGAGAAGUUCCUUUUGGGCAGACUUUAAAUAGAUUUCGUUGUGUGAGGAGUGUGUCUGCAGCUGAAUUUGGACCUUCCCUAACAACUUAAAAAUCCAUGGAGAAGAACAGCCUUUUUCAUGGCACAUCAUUUUUUAUUGCACGUUUAUUCCUGUGACAAAUUAGCAAAAGGGAGCACAUCUGUACUGUCUAUCCAAGUGCCUCCUUUGGAUCCAGGAGAAAAAUCCCUAUUUGAGGGCAGAAGGAACGGUUGAGCCUUCUUACAGCUCUACUUCACAAUCCCAUCAGGUUGCAGCGGCUACUUGAUGCUACCAAGUACACUGGUCAAGCCUGUGUACUUGCUGUUUCGGCAUUGUUGCAGAGGAUGUGCAAAGCCACACCCAAGCUAAACACACCUCUUGUGCCUGUUUUAGACUGGAAGCAGCUCUUUGAAACAGUUGUGUGCAUGCACAACUUCCGGAGGCAUUACAGUGUUUAAGUUCAUAAAGUAGAUACUAAGAUUUCUGUGGUCUGGUGCUCACGUUGUGUGUGAGUUGAUCUCUAUCCUGAAGGAAGCCACAGCCAUCGCUUUCCAUUCCCCGUUUCCUUUCUAGCUCCAUAUUGCUACCGCUUUCCUUUGUCCAAACUUUGGCUGGUAACGUAGUAGGGAAUGCAAGGAGGAGCUCUCAUUUUUGCAGUCGUGUGUCGAGGAUUGUGUGUUCGCAGGGGCAGCUGAACACAAGGUGAUGGGAGAUCGAGCUACCCCACCUGCCCUUUGGCCAUGAUGGCCUCAGUGACCCAGUUAAUCUUUUGGAAAAGAGAAGGGAGCGGCUGCAACUCAGAGGGGGGACCCUUAGUUACUUACAAGCAUGAACUUCAGAGAAGAUUUGGGAUCUAUUUAUGAUGGUCUUAAGGGGGGAGAAGAAGACUUGCAGGCCCCCUUUCUGUCCUCUCGGGUGACUUUCAGUGCCUUUACUGAUGGUGGGAAUUUCUUCCUUCCAUCGUGGAGAGAGAGAGAGAGAGAGAGAGACAGAGAGGCAGAUAAAUUGACUUUUCAACAUUGUCGUAGAUCAGACGUCUCCCUUCGCUCUAGAUCUUCGGUUACUUCUGUAUCAUUCUAGCUUCCGUAGCUUUAGCAGCAGGUUCUUCCGAGCAAAGAACUUUCAUAGUUGAUGGCGCAUAUUCUUUUUUUUUAACGGGGGAGCAAGUGCUGGGCUUCUUGUUUCGCAUAUAGAAAUUGCCACUGGAAAAAAUCCACUCUGUUGACAGCUUACGUGAAUUAACCACCUGUCUUGAUAUAACACAGCUUUCUGCCUUUGUUUAGGAUACAUAAAGGACAAUGGACAGAUAAUCGUAAACUUUCUGUAUUUAUGGGUUGAUAAAUUGGUGUUAGGAAAAUAUACAUACUAUUAUUCAUACUUUGCACAUUGUACAUAUGUAUGGACACACACAUAUCUUUCUGGUGGAUAAGGGUAAAUAUCGGUUGGAUUUAAAUGCGAAAUUGUACAGGAUUAGAAAGCUGAAGGCAUAAAAGAGGUUGUGUUUUCAAUAAACAUUAGUUUUCAGAAAUAAAGUCUGAGAAGCGGUAACUGGUAAUAAACUUUAGAUGCAGAAUAUUAAACAUUUGACAUUUCAUAUGGCAAACUGCAUUUAGAAGCCUCCCCCCUCCCUUUAUUUCUGAAAAUAAUUGCUUUUAUUUCUGUCCAGAACGCAUAGCGUUAUUUUGGCAGAGGGUUUGCAGGUUUAGGCUGCCUCCGUCUCUGUAAGAGGCAGAAGGGAAGAUGAGUUUUCAUCUCAGUUCAUAGGAGGGUUGACUGGCAACCGUGAGUUAUAGAAGAUGACAGAUUGCGAGAGCAGGAUUGGUUGGCACUGUAAGAUGGUACUUGCAGGACAGCUGAAUGUACCUCAUCUUUUGUAAUCAAAUUAUAAAUAUUUUGCCCCAGUUCAGAUGUAAAAUAAAGAAUAUACUAUUCAGUUAAAAUAUAACCAAGGCCCUUUCCUGGUAAAGAAUGUUCUAUUGGCCAUAUUUUGAUGUAGAUUGUUGUAUUGAUAGGUACAGUUUCCUUAAAUUUUUCACAUAAUUGGUUGGAUCCAGCCGUUCAGAGCUCUUUGGGUCACUCCAGAGUCCCCCAAGAAGUCCAGAGAUUUGGGGGCUGCAGUCUAAUGUUGCACCUUCCCUCCCUUUUCACAGAUUUCUGCAUCCAAACUGUUGCCUUCUAUCUGUAGCUACUGUUUUGCCAGCCAGCCAGAUGGGUUCCCUUUCUCCGUUACCAAGUCUGGGGCUGGAAUUAGGCCUUUCAGCCCUCCCUCUGGGAAAGCCUUAAAUCUACAGACUUCAGGCUCCCUUCAUUUGUUCUUAAAAUGCUCUGGAUACUCACAAUGGCAGAUAUUCUCCCGGUGCAGUGUGUGAUUCCAUAAAUAUUCAUGGAUGUCCUAGAAAAAACAACUACUGAGUGAAUUUUGUGAUUUAAAAAAAAAGUUAAGAAAUCACGGGGCAAACAUGCUCCUUUUAAAGGUGCAACUGCUUUUUUCAACAAAUAUUUUUUUUAGAAAAAAAAUUAUAGGAUCAGAAAGCCAGAUCUGAAUACUCCCUUGCCAAAAUAGAGAGAGGGAGAGACUAGAUUUUUUGGCUUCAAUCAGUGAACCUUCAAGCUAAGACAGACCCUCUCUGAGUUUUUUGAGAGUGGACUCCCCUAGCCCUAGAAGGAAACUGAGGCAAGGUGGGGGGUGGGUGGGUGGAAUCCGGUUCAGCCCUGGAGAGGUAAGGGUUAAAUUAGGUGGGCUCUUGUACACUCCACUCGAUUCUGGAAGGGGCAUUGUUUAUCAAGAUUUGAAAUGGAAAUGAAUCCACAUUGGCAAAUCAGCAAUUUUUAAAAAUAUCUUAACUGGCAACCUAAGCUUGUAGAUAAUCUACUGUAGUAGCAGAGAAAUUUCAUGCUAUUUCAUAGGUUUUAACAAUUAGCACGAGGCAAUCCAUCUUGCUUCUUCCUAGAAGGGAAUUAGAUUCUCUUUUGAAAAGAGCUUUGAACCAUCGCCAGUUACAUAAGAUCUGAGUUGAAAUACAUUUUAGUGUGUAAUGCUAGUGGUGCUUUGUGUUUAAUAUGUAUAAAAUCCUUUUUAUCUUUCUAAGCUUAAAUUAUUAUAUAAAAUACCACAUUAUUAAAGAAAAAUAUACCAUAUUCCCUCUUUUACUGUGGACUAUUUAUGAAUAAAAUCUUACAUAAUAAACCUGUUGAUAUUGAUCAUGUGAACUGAAAGACAAUACUUCUUGAUGUACAGCAGAAUAAAAAAUGAUUGAAACUUUU